AUGAAACCACUUACCAACGCCCUCAUCCUUCUUACAGGCUUAGGCCUGGGAUGCAGACCAGCCAGUUGUCACGGAAAUAAAAUGAUCUAUGACUUUGAUAGUAUCAAACCAUCCACCAACCUCAACUGGAAACCGUGCUUCGACGAUUUCACUUGUUCCAAAUUGCAAGUCCCCUUGGAUUAUUCAGACAAGAGUAUCGGCACUACCUCAAUCGCUUUUUUGAAACUGUCUGGCGCAAAUGCUACCGCCAAAUCCCCUAGCAUUGUCCUUAUCCCUGGCGGUCCUGGUAACUCUGGUGUUGAUUUACUCCUCUCCAGUGCCCCCAUGGUGAAACAGAUAUUUGGUGAAGAGUAUAACAUCGUCUCAUUCGACCCCCGAGGCGUAAACAACAGCGGACCCAGCCUGGACUGCUUCUCGGGCAAUCUAGAAGCACGGUCAGCCUUCCAACGACUACACAACACCAGAAUCACCAACAUAUCAUCAACCUCGCUCGAAGAACAGUAUUAUUCCAGUUCCAUCUACGGAGAGUGGUGCAACCACGCUGUCAAAACCAAGUCCCCUCAUGGAUACUAUGUCACCACGCCGGCAGUCGCUCGGGAUUUGCUUACCUUUGUCGAAGCAGAGGGUAGGCUAGCCGGGCAGAAACCAUCUGAUACAAAACUCUGGGCGUAUGGUGUCAGUUACGGAACUGUCAUUGGUGCUACCUUCGCAUCGAUGUUUCCUGACCGCGUCGGGAGGAUGGUACUCGAUGGUAUUGUCGAUGCAGAGCUGUACUACCGCAAUGACUAUACCGCCAACGUUGAUCAGGCAGAUGAGGCUAUGGAAAAAUUCUCAACAUUGUGUCACUCCGCAGGUUCUUCAAAAUGUUCCUUCUGGGGUCCUUCGCCGAAGAACAUUACUGUCAGAUUGGACAACCUCAUCCGCCAACUUCAGAACCAUCCCGUCCCCAUCAGCGGAGUCCAGACUAAAUCUCUGCCGGCAAUGGUUACUUACUCCGACCUCAAAGCUCUUUUCCUGACAGCCAUGUACACUCCCGUUGCCAUAUUCCCAGUUAUGGCCGAGGUUCUUCACCAAGUUGAGAAUGGGAACUUUACUGCUCUGGCCGGAAUGUUUGCAAGCACUAUUAUCCCGACUGAUGCCAACCACGUUAUUCAGUGCUCUGAUGCAUCGAGGUCAAACAGCAUUACUACCAUUCAGGAGUUCAAGAGUUAUGUUGAGUACACCACUCGCAAGAGCAAGUAUACUGGUGAUAUAUAUCCCAUUUACGUGGAUUCUGUUGUAUGCAGAUCUUUCCGACCACAGUUGCCUAAUAGAAUGCUGGUCCACAGUCCCAAGAUCAGACUCGACAAGCCAACACCCUAUCCCAUACUGUUCACCAGCAACACCAUCGACCCUAUAACGCCAUUGAGAUCGGCGCAAGAAAGUUCUUCUCGUUUUCCCGGAUCUGUGCUCUUACUACAAGAAGCUAUCGGUCAUACAGUUGCUAAUCAAGGAGCAUCUAUCUGCUAUGUAGAGCAUAUUCGAGCGUAUUAUGGAGGCGUGGUUCCAUCAUCCAAUAUUACAUGCCCCAAGCAGUACACGCCCUUCCUCGACAGUCCUUUUUGA